CGGCCCCGCGCUCCCGCACCUGAAUUCUGGGUGUCCCUGCUCCGUGAAGGGUCCGUGCAGGCGAGUCUCUGAAUACCCGAUGGAGGGUCCCGGUUUGCUGGGCUCUGUGAGCCCCAGUGCCCGCUGAAGGGCUGGGUUGGGCGGGAUCCGUGCCUCUCCUCGGUGCCCGCUGAGCAGCACGGUCGGUGCGUCCCGGUGCCCGGUAGGGGCUGAGCUCUGCCAAGCCCCAGCGCUCGGCGAGGGCCCGGUCUGGGGGGGGCUCUGGUCGGUCUCGGUGCCUGAUGAGGAGCGCGGUGUGCGGGUCUUUAGCGAGCCCGGUGGGGGAGCCGGGAGGCUGUGCCCCGGUACCCAGUCAGGGGUCGCGGUCUGCUGGGCUGUGUGAGCCCCGCUGUCAGGUGAGGGACCCGGUCUGGCGGUUCUGACCCAUCCCCAGUGCCCGCUGAGGUGUCGGGGUGCUUGAGCCGCCGAUCCCCGCUCAAGCAGCGUGGUCUGGGGGGGACCUGAGGAGCCUGGUGAGGUUCGAGCUGUGCGGCUCUGUCCCCCCAUCCCGGUGUGACCGCUCCCACCCCGCCAUGCCGGCCCAGGGCCACUCGGGGUCCCGCCGGCCGCUGCUGGCCCUGCUGGUCGCGCUGGGCUGGCUGCUGGCCCUGCAGCUGCUGCUGGACCUGCGGGCGCUGGGGCUGCUGUGCGGGGCGCUGGCCGUGCUGGGGGGCUGGCUGGGCCCCCCGGCCCUGAGCCCCCGCGGCCGCCGCCUGCGGCUGGAGCGCUUCGUCAGCUCCCUGCGGGCCCCGGCCGGCAGCGCUGCGGACGAGAGCCGGCUGGAGCAGGAGAUCGCCAGCACCGUCCGUAAAGUGGUGCGGGAUUUCGUGGCCUCCUGGUACCGCACGGUGAGCAGAGAGCCGGCCUUCGAGGCCGAGGUGGAGCGGGCCAUGCUGGGGCUGGCGGCGGAGCUGAGGCGGAGGAUGAGGCGGGUGGACCGGCGAGCCCUGGCCCGCCGCCUGCUCCUGCUGUGCGGGCAGCACCUGCAGAGCUUCCUGCGGGCCCGGGAUGCCCUGAGGGCUGACCCCAAGGGCGGCCGGACGCUGUGGAGGGAGUACAGCCGGCUGGCAGGGCCGCACCCCGCUCUGCUGAGCCCCGCAGCCGAGGUGGGCUGUGCCCGGGCCGCUGUGGACGCGCUGCUGCGGGCGCUGGUGCCCUGGCCGCACCUGGAGACACGGACAGGACGUUUUGUUGUGGUGGAGCUGGUGGCCUGCAACGUGCUGCUGCCGGCCAUCAGGAAGAUGUCUGACCCCGACUGGAUCAACCUGCUGCUCAUUGGGGCGUUUUCCAAGAAGCCCCGCGGUGGGAAGCCCCACCCUGUACCCCCAGUGCCAGAUUCUUUGCCUUUCCCAGCACAGAUGGACACAGCCCCCACCAGGCUACCCCCGUCCCCAAGGGCUGCAGAGGGGCUCAGGAGAGAGGCAGGGACUGCUGGAGAGGAGGGAGAGGAGGUGAGCAGGUCAUGCCAUGCAGAGGAACCCUUCCUGCGCCCCCAAACCCUGGGAUCCCUCUUCCCCUGUGAGGGUUUGGAGCUGGAAUCCCCCGCACCUGACAUGGGCCAGGACAUGGAGCUGCUGGCUCCUUCCCCCGCUGGAGAGCUCCUUGAUGAGCACCCCCAGGACCCCUCAGUGCCAGAGGGAGCACCUGCCUCGGAGGAUGGCACAGGGGACCUGGACCAGGGUCCCAGCUCAGAUGCUGGCCUGCUUCCCACCUCUGCUUUGAGCUCCUGCCCUGACAUCCAGAUCGAGCCAGCGGUUGAGAAGGAGGAGGAAAGCCCAGCUGUCACCAGGAGGUUCUCCUCACGAAGACCCUCCAGCCUGGGGAGAGAUCUGGGGGCAGCAGAGGGCCCAGCACAGUUUCCCCCAGAGCCUGGGCAGAGCCUGCCCCUGCUCUCAUCCUCCCCAACAGCUUCCAUGAGCACGUUCAGCUUCGAGCCCCUGAGCAGCCCCGAGGGGCCGGUGGUCAUCCAGAACCUGCGGAUAACAGGGACCAUCACUGCCCGCGAGCACAGCGGCACCGGCUUCCACCCCUACACCCUCUACACCGUCAAGUAUGAGACAGCCCUGGAGAGCGAGGCGGCGGGCAGCCUGCAGCAGGUGGCGUAUCACACCGUGAACCGCCGCUACCGCGAGUUCCUCAACCUGCAGACCAGGCUGGAGGAGAAGCCCGAGCUCCGCAAGUUCCUCAAAAACAUCAAAGGCCCAAAGAAACUGUUCCCUGAUCUACCAUUUGGAAACAUGGACAGUGACAAAGUGGAAGCCAGGAAAAGUCUUCUGGAAUCUUUCCUGAAGCAAUUGUGUGCAGUGCCUGAGAUUGCAAACAGUGAGGAGGUGCAGGAAUUCCUGGCCCUCAACACCGACGCCAGGAUCGCCUUUGUCAAGAAGCCCUUUGUUGUGUCCAGGAUAGACAAGAUCGUUGUCAAUGCCAUUGUGGACACUUUGAAGACAGCAUUCCCCAGGUCAGAGCCCCAGAGCCCCACGGAGGAGCUGAGUGAGUCGGAGGUGGAUGGGAAAUCCCAGACAGAAGGGAAGAAAACAACCAAGUCCAGGCUGAGGUUCUCAUCCAGCAAAAUCACUCCAGUGCUGAGUGGGGGUGAAGCUCACGACAGGAUCGUGUACUCCAUCAGGGAGGGCAGUGCUGUGUCUGGCACCCUGUCACUGGCUGCUAUGGAAUCCUUCAUCCAGAAGCAGGAGAAGCUGCUGGAAGCAGUCCCCAGCAAAGCUCCUGAAGGUGAGGGGGGCAGAGAAGGCAAGGAAAACUCUGUGCAGGAAGAAAUGGAUGGGCUGAGCACAGUGGAGCAGGGAGCACAUCCAGACACUGACUCAGACUCUGAGACAGCUUUGGCUGACCUGGCCCUGGACGUGCUUCGUCUGGUGCUGGUGGAUCACUGGAGCUGGCUGUGCACAGAGAACAUCCAGAAAGUCUUCAACCUGCUCUUUGGGACCCUGGUUCAAAGGUGGCUGGAAGUGCAGAUGGUCACCCUGACCUGCACCCAGCGCUGGGUCCAGUACCUCCAGUUGCUGCAGGAAUCCAUCUGGCCUGGAGGAGUUUUACCAGCAGUGCCUAAACCCCCCAGGACUGAGGAGCAGAAGAAGGCAACAGCAGAGCAGGCCCUGCAGAGCCUGAUGGGGAUCCUGCCCAAUGUGAUCCAAGAAAUCCUUGGGACCAGUAAGUGUCGGAUGAGCUGGAGCCUGGUGCUGGAGUCGCUGAGCCAGCCUGUGAUAAACAGGCACCUGGUGUUCUGCCUCCUGGACAUUUUGCUGGAGUUCCUGGUUCUGAAGGGCUCCAGCAAGGAGCCUGAGGCUGCAGCUGCCACACCUUGUGCCUGCAGUGGCCCGGACAAAGGUGUCCCAGCACUUUAACCAGGGCUGGUGCCCCAGCAGGGGAGGAGAGAAGCAGCCACAGGCACGGAGUGAUUGGAUUUUCAGCCUUUACUGAAUGUGCCUGGGAGCUUCUUGUAAGGAAUUCCUCCAGCCAGUGCUAAAUGAAGCUGCUUCCAGACUUCUCUGUUUCAGUUGGAUGGUGAAUCAAACCCAGUGUGAGGGGCUGAAGAUGCUGUGCAGCAUCUGUUCCAUUGCUGACCUGAUGGAGAGCCUGGAAUGAACCAGCCUGACCAGCUGGAGAAGGAACCACAAACACAAGGGUGGUCUCACCCCAGCCUUCUGAACAUCUCUAACAUCUGCAGCAGAGAAUGCAGGAGAUUUGUGGCUUCAGGGUCAAUCUGGCACUGAGAGAGUUGGUGUGAUGGGAUCUUACUGCUGAAUGUGGACAGGUGAAGGGAGAGAGGUGCAGAGCUUCCCUGCUGUCUGAGCAGCCUGCCCUGGGCCUGCUCUGCACCAUCUGUGGCACAGAAGGAACAUGGGGAAAGAUGGAGUGUGGAGAUGUGGAACUGAAGUUCAGCAUCCAACUGGCCAAAGGUGCUGCCCUGCCCUGCCCUAAGGACAAAGAUCAGCUGCUUCUCCCUGCCACUGCUCUGGUUCUCCAUCCAACAGCAGGGUGCAGGCAGCUGUGAUGCUGGGAGAGACUCUCCUCAGGCUAGGGAGGAGUGCUAGCUUGGCUGGACUUCAGGAUUGGCUUAUAUUGUGCUUUCUGAGUCACCUUUUAGUCCCUGGGACAGUCACCUGGAGGGCACAGGACAAAAGGAGCCAUGAGGGACACAGCAAGGAAAUCAGCUCCCACACAAACGUGGUUGUCACAGGAAGCUCUGGAAGGGGAAUCCAGGGAAUCCUGAUGUGUGUCAUGCACAGCCAGUGGUUAGACCCCAGCAAAGGGCUGGGAGCACUGCCUGAGCUCUGCUGUUCAUGGCUCUGUCCCUGGGCUUUGCUUUGUUGGGCCUGCUGCUGCAGCAGCUCCUGGAAAGCUGCUCAGGUCAUGGAACAUGGAUUUGGAGCUGCUUCUCCAGGUUGUCCAAGGCUUGAGUGCUUUUGUGAGCAUUUAAUGUUGCUCAGCAGUCAGGUUCCUGGCAGUACAAAGGACUCAGAACCUGCACCAACAGAGCAGUUUGGUGAGCUGCUUUGCUGUGUUUUCUGGGAGAAUGACAGACUGAGCAGUGCUGUAUUUGCCUGGUGAAGGUGUUGUGUGCAGAUCAAAGGAGGCUGCACACAGGGCCCUUUGCAGGAUCACAUUUGUGAUCUGUGCUGCACCACCAGAUGGGUUCAUCUCACAGAGCCAUGAACACCAGGCUGGAAGAGACUGUCUGCAGUUCCUUGGAGCUGGAUGCUCCAUGGCAUGUCUGGAGGGAAGGCACUGGAACUCCACCAUGCCUGAUCUGCUCUUCCCAAAGGAGCUGCUUAAUAAUGGAUACACAACAGUGUGAGCUGCUCUGUUCUUCUGUUGGGUAGAAAUACAGGGAGGGACCAUUUUGCUGCAACCAAAUUGAUUUUUAGGGAGCUCUAAGGACAUUCCAAGAUCAGGCAGAAUCCAAUGUCUUGGGACAAAUCAAUUCUGCAUCACUAUUGGAGCCAUUUCUCAGCAGGGAGGCUUCAGAGAUGCUAGACUGGCCACCUGCUUGGAGAAGAAGGGAGGUGUGUGUUAAGUAGUUUAAGAUUAGAUGGGGUGGAGAAUGCUUUGGGAUUAUCCCAAAUGGCCAAGCAGCAGUUUGGGGCUGUUUGCUCCUGGGCACUGCAGCUCAGCUGGAAGGCUCUGCUGCCAUCUCCCAAGGACAGAAUGGGAAUUUGAAGCCCAGCCCCUCUCUGUUGUUAAGGAGUAAAACAAAUCCAAUAAAAAGCUCAGCUUUUUUCUACUCUGAGUUCUUUGCCUCACUGGGAUUUUGGGAUUAAAUUGAGCACAGUGGUGGCAGAUACAGACUUCUGCAUUCAGGUGGGCUGAAAGUUUAUUUCCACUGGACUAAGACUAGAAAAACUGCUUUGGUAAAACAAACAAAGUUGACAAAAAAAAAAAUCUAAGCUCACUCAGUGUGUCCUAUUCCCAGCAAGCUCCUUUUUUUUUCUGCAGGAAUUUGUAGAAGGAAUUUGCAGAAGGUUCCAGCCACCUCUCUAAAGGGUGGGUGGUGAGAGCAGCCAGAUCUGAUCUCAAUAAAGAGCUGCAGCCUUGUGUCAGGUUAGGUCAGGAGCAGUACCUGCCUCAGGUGGGUGCUCAGCUCUCUCCAGCUCCUUCUGCUCUGUGUGAUCUGCCUCCAGCCACCACUUGCUGAUUUUGUGAAGUGUUUCCCUUCCCACUGCCUUAGUUUCCCACAGCUGAGUGGAAGCUUCCUGGAAGCAGGGAUUGCUCCUGUGAGGACUGAGUGCAGUGGUGUAGCUCUCCAAGGCACCACUCUAAGCUAAAUAACUGUUUAACUGUGUUUUUAGGGGACAAAAAUCCCACCAUGCACUGACUCCCUGUCCUAUUUCCUGUACUCAACCCUUGGUAUCAGCUGUUUGUGGUGCUGUUGGAGUCUGUGUGGAAUUGUGCUGUCUGGAAAACCCAUUUAAUUGUUAAAUGGGGAGCAAACUUUCACUCCCAUGUACUUGUGUGCAAUAACACUUUAUUUCAAACUUA